CAGGCUGAUGGGGAGUUAGACGGGGAUGUUGGACAUCGUGUUGGAGUGGCUUGGGCCAAAUGGCGGUUGGCUUCAGGGGUAUUGCGUGACCCGAAGAUUUCGCCCAGGAUGAAAGGCAAGUUCUAUUGAUCCGUAGUCAGACCUGCUAUGUUAUAUGGGGCAGAGUGUUGGGCAGUUAAAAAGACUUAUGUGCGUCGUCUGCAUGCGGCGGAGAUGCGGAUGUUACAAUGGAUGUGUGGGAAGACAAGGUUAGAUAGGAUUUCAAACGAAGUUAUCCGACGUCAGGUAGGCAUGGCGCUGGUGGAAGAUAAAUUGCGGGAAGCGAGGUUGAGAUGGUUUGGUCAUGUGAGACGGUGGGAUGCUGACGCCCCUAUACGGAGAUGCGAGCGGAUUACGGUUUUCGGGGGAAGUAGGGGAAGGGGUAGAUCUAAGAAGAAUUGGGAGGAAGUGAUUAGACAGGAUUUAGGACUUUUCACCCUGACUGAGGAUAUGGCUUUAGAUAGGAACCUUUGGAGAACUAGGAUUAGAGUAGCUGGUCUGGUCAGGUCAGGUCAGGUCAGGAGUCUGUUCUUUCCUAUAGUCAGUCACUCCGCCCGCGAUUAUCUCCCCCUAUACAAAUCCCCAUUAACUUCCACUUCCAUGAGUGAUCCGUACGGAUCUAAGCCCAGCCGUAGCACCCGCAGCGGCGGCGGCGGCGGCGGCGCCAACUUAGCUUCGUGCCUACUCGCCACCUGUUUCCUGAUUUCGGUCAUCGCCGGCGCAGUGGCGGCUUGCUACUUUGUCUUCAAGCCCAAGCCUCCAAGAAUCAAGGUCCAGGCCGUGCGAUUCUCCAACUUGUCAAUCACAAACGGCACCCUCAACCUCGCCUUAGUCCAGGAGGUCUCCGUCUCCAACCCCAACCGCGACGUGUUCAGUCAGUACGGCAGCACCAUCCAGCUCAGCUAUCACGGCCGCCCUGUCGGCGUGGUGUUCAUCCCCACCGGAAAGAUUGAAGCAGGGCAGACCCAGAGAAUGUCUGCCAAGCUGAAUGUCCAAUCCUACCCCUUGCCGCCUUCUUCCACCUCCUCCUUCUCAUCGCAGCCCGGUGAAACAGAGACUAUGGUGAUAGAGACCAUGAUGAAACUGGUGGGGAGUGUCAGGGUGCUGAAGGUGUUUACCCAUAGAGUGGAGAGCAACGAGAAGUGUACAGUGUGGACUCAAGCCCCCAAUUUGUCUGUAUUCAUCCAGUGCUCCUGAAUGAAGAACAUUGCUAGGGAGCCCCCACGGUUUUGACACCAUAGUUUCUCACACAAUAGAACAACAGAAUUGUCUGUUUUGUGAAACACUGUGGUGUCAAAAAAGUGGGGUUCCCCUAGUUUUUUUUCCCAUGAAUGAAUGUUUUAUCUUCUG